UCAAUAUGCCGCUAACUUCACAUUAUUGUUCGAUCACCCAUCGUUCAUCAAUCAAGCGGUUAUAAAUUUCGUAAUUUUACUUAUUAUUUUCAAUGUUGUGCCAAUAAUAGUUAUAAUUAUGCGUUCAUACACUAUUAAAAGUCAACAGAAAGGUGUAAAUGUUAUGUAUUGAACCUAUAAGUUUGCAAACGGACAUAUGCUUUGUUGUGAGAACCACCUUUAUCUGCUGUCAUUCUGAGCUUUAGCAACUAAAAUUUUUGAUAAUGAAACCUAUGUUAGCUGUUGAAUGGUAGGUUAUUGCCCCGGUGAUAGUGCGGGUAACAAAACAGUAUCCAAUUGUUAAUGUAUCGUGAUGAGAGUGGUGUUAAUACUCGGAGCAGCAAUCGGGAGAAUGUGCGGUGGCGUUUAGCCUCAGUGGCAGAGGACGUCAGAUACGGUUGAGCAUGGAGGCUGUGAAGGACGAGGAGCGCCUACGGCGGCUCCGCGCGCUGGAGGAGCGACUGUGCGACCCUCGCUCCACUGGCAACGUGGACUGCUUACUAGACACGGUCACAGCGCUAAUCUCCGACUGCGACCAUCCGGCCAUUCGGCGCAUGAAAAAUGUCGAGGCCUACACCAGCAGAUAUGAAGCCUUUGCUUCAGAAGUAGUUGAUCUGCGCUUGAAGGCAGCUGACUUUGAUUUGAUCAAAGUGAUUGGUCGUGGUGCAUUUGGUGAAGUACAACUAGUCAGACAUAAGUCCACACGACAGGUGUAUGCCAUGAAGCUUCUUAGUAAAGUAGAAAUGAUAAAGAGAUCAGAUUCCACUUUCUUCUGGGAGGAAAGACAUAUUAUGGCUCAUGCAAAUUCCGAAUGGAUUUUAAAACUACACUUUGCUUUUCAAGACCAUAAAUAUCUGUACAUGGUGAUGGAUUACAUGCCUGGUGGUGAUCUUGUUAGUCUGAUGUCUAACUUUGAUAUACCAGAAAAAUGGGCAAAAUUUUAUACUAUGGAAAUUGUCUUAGCACUGGAUGUUAUUCAUGGUAUGGGGUUUGUGCACAGGGAUGUGAAGCCAGAUAAUAUGUUGAUUGACAAGUAUGGACAUCUUAAGUUGGCUGACUUUGGAACUUGUAUGAGAAUGGGACCCGAUGGCCUAGUGAGAGCCAGCAAUGCUGUUGGAACACCAGACUACAUUUCCCCUGAGGUGUUACAAUCCCAGAAUGGUGAAGGAGUAUAUGGCCGUGAAUGUGAUUGGUGGGCUGUAGGUAUAUUUUUAUAUGAAAUGUUAAUAGGUGAUCCACCUUUUUAUGCUGAUAGUUUAGUAGGUACAUAUGGAAAAAUUAUGGAUCAUAGGAAUUCUUUACAAUUUCCUGAUGAUGUAGAAAUAUCAAAGGAAGCUAAAUCUCUUAUAAGGGGUCUGCUAACAGACAGAACAAAAAGACUGGGCAGGAUAAGCGUUGAUGAAAUAAAACAGCAUCCAUUUUUUAAAAAUGAUCAAUGGAGUUUUGAGAAUCUAAGGGACUCUGUGCCACCUGUGGUCCCUGAACUAUCUAGUGAUGAUGACACCAGAAACUUUGAUGACAUUGAAAAGUCGGAUGCAUUAGACGAGUCCUUCCCUGUGCCAAAAGCUUUUGUUGGAAAUCACUUGCCAUUUGUUGGUUUCACUUACAACGGGGACUACCAGCUGUGUGCCGGAAAACCGAAACCUGUUGAUGUAGUCGAUACAAUCUCUAACAACCAUAUCAAUAAUGUUGGAUCUGAAGCAAUACUCCAAUUAGAAAAGCUUUUAGAAAGGGAAAGAGAUAGUCGGAGAAAACUAGAGGAUAGGCAAGUGAUGCUUUGUGCUCAAUUAGAAGAACUGUCACAGAGAGAUACUCGGAACAAGAAAAUCAUCGCCGAUACAGAUAAAGAAGUGGCCUUACUAAAACAUGAUUUAAAAGAAAUGCAGCGUAAAGCUGAGGUCGAAUCUGAGACCAAAAGGAAAGUCGAAGCAAACUACCACGAUAUGAAACGUCGCCUCGAAGAUGAGCAAAAUAAAAGAGCUAAAGAGUUUAGCAAUCUACAAACCUAUAAUGACAAAAUUAAUGCAUUGGAGAAGCAGCUGACCGAGUUACGCGAGAAGUUAAAACAGGAAUCGGAAGCCGCGGCCAAGUCGAGGAAGCAAGCGGCAGAGCUGAGCGCAGCGCAGGCCGCGGCGGCCGCCGUGAGCGACGGGACCGUGGCCAGCCUGCGCGCGCAGCGGGACGCGCUCGAGAGGGACUGCAGCGCGCUCUCCGAGGAGCUCGGCUCCGUGAAGGCAGCUAAACAACGCUCGGAGGCCGCUCUGACCGAAACGACCGGCAGACUGAACGCAGCUCACGCCGAGCUGGAGAGGUCGUCGACUCGGAUGGGGCAGGUGUCGGCGGACAACCGCCAGCUGUCGGAGCGCGUGUCGGCGCUGGAGAAGGAGUGCGCGUCGCUGUCGCACGAGCUUCGCGCGGCGCAGCACCUGUACCAGCAGGAGCUGCGCGCGCACCAGGACACGCAGCGCUCGCAGCUGCUCUCGCGGCAGGAGGCCAACCUGGAGCUAGUCAAAACUCUGCAAGGAAAGCUGAACGAGGAGAAGACCGCUCGACAGCGGUCCGAAGCCGCGUGCCAGGAGAAGGACCGACAAAUGUCGAUGCUGAGUGUCGACUACCGCCAGAUGCAGCAGCGGUUACAGAAACUCGAAGGCGAACAUCGCCAGGAAAGUGAAAAGGUGGUGGGCCUGGCAGCAGCUUUGGAGCAAGAGCGCGCGGCACGCGUGGCGGCUGGCGGUGAAGCGGCCGCGGCGGAGGCGCACGCGCGCGCCGCGCAGGCCGAGCGCGACGCACGCGCACGCGACUUGCACGCCGUGCGCGCUGCGCUGCACGACGCGUCUGAGAAACUGGCGGCGGCGGCGGCUGAAAGAGACAUGCAUUAUGCGAGGAGCGAAGAACUCCGUUCUCAGCUGGAGAACGAACAACACUACAGCAUGGUGUAUCGCUCGCAAGUGAACGAGCUUCGUUCGCAAACGGAGGAAAGUUCGCGCGCCGCUCGUGACUUGGAGCAGGAGCGGGCGAGCCUGAUGCACCAGCUGCAGCUGGCUAUAGCACGUGCUGACUCUGAGGCCAUCGCCAGAUCAAUCGCCGAGGAGACGGUCGGCGAGCUAGAGAAAGAGAAGACGAUGAAAGAGCUCGAGAUGCGUGACGCGCUCGCGCAGCACCGCAGCGAGCUGGGCGCGCGGGACGCGCUCGUGCAGGGGCUGCGCGACCGCGACCACGAGAACCGCGCCACCAUCGACCUGCAGCGGAAGGAGGUUGACGAACUACGCCGCAGCGGCACGGCGUUGGCCGAGCGCGUGGCCACAAUGCAGCACCUGCAGGAGGAGGUGGACCGGCUCAACAAGAAGCUCAACUCUGAGAUCAUGCUCAAGCAGCAGGCCGUCAACAAGCUCGCUGAGAUCAUGAACAGGAAAGACAUGAACCCGGCCACUACAAAGAACAAGAGCAAGAUGUCGGUGCGCAAGGACAAGGACUACCGCAAACUGCAGCAGGAGCUGACGCGCGAGAAAGAGAAGUUCGACCAGCACACGUCGAAACUACAGCGCGAUUUGCAGGACUCGCAGCAGCAGCUGCUUGAGGAGCAGCAGACGCGCCUGCGCCUUGCCAUGGAGGUGGACAGCAAAGACGUAGAAAUCGAGCAGCUAAAAGAGAAACUCGCGGCGCUGACCAGCGAAACGGCUUCUCAAUCGUCGGCCGACGCGGAAGACGGCGAAACGGAACAGACCCUCGAGGGCUGGCUGUCUGUGCCCUUCAAGCAGAACAUCCGCCGCCAUGGAUGGAAGAAGCAAUACGUCGUGGUUUCCUCCAAGAAGAUCAUAUUCUACAACUCGGAGAAUGACAAGCAGAAUACUACGGAUCCUGUCAUGAUAUUGGACUUGAGCAAAGUGUUCCACGUGCGCUCGGUGACGCAGGGCGACGUGAUCCGCGCCGACGCGAAGGACAUCCCGCGCAUAUUCCAGCUGCUAUAUGCGGGCGAGGGCGAAGCACGCCGCCCAGGGGACCCGCAAGAUGCGCCGCCCGAUGCCCAGGACCACGCCGGCAACACGGUGCAGCAUAAAGGCCACGACCUGGUGAACAUUACGUACCACAUCCCGACGGCGUGCGAGGUGUGCCCGCGCCCGCUGUGGCACAUGUUCCGCCCGCCGCAGGCCUACGAGUGCAGGCGGUGCCGUAUGAAGAUCCACGUGGAGCACAUCAACGAGGGCGAGGGCGUGGCGGCGUGCAAGCUGCACGCGAACCGCGCGCGCGAGCUGUUACUACUGGCGCCCGCCGCGCCCGAGCAGCGCCGCUGGGUGGCCCGCCUCGCGCGCCGCGUGCAGCGCUACGGGUACCGCGCCGCGCACCACACCAACCACGACCACACCAAGCUGUCGCCCCGAGAUUCGAUGCGGUCGAACUUAAAGGCGGCGUACAUGAACGCGUCCCAGCGGAGCUCCACGUUGCCCGCCAACGCGUCCAUCCCGCGCCAGUGACCAGCCACCAGGUACCAGACACCCGCCAGGUACCAGACACCCGCCAGGUACCAGACACCCGCCAGGUACCAGACACCCACCAGGUACCAGACACCCACCAGGUACCAGACACCCACCAGGUACCAGACACCUACCAGGUACCAGACACCCGCUCCGGGACACGCGACUCUGUUCUCUACGACGCUCGCAAUAACGCCCAUCACACCCGCGUGAUUUACACACCGAUUCAUUUCGUUGCCACAUUAUUUUUGAUAGUUUAGCUACUUUGUACUAACGCUAUCAGUCGCAUGGAGUUUGAUUAACACGAUCUACGCCGGUUAAGAAUCGGAUCGCGUANAUCGCCAAUCGAGUCGGCUGUUUUUUUCUCUUGCUCUUACAAUAACGAAUGAGCAUGAGAUCGACCUGAGUUCGCGAUCAUUUUUAUCAGCUUUAGUUCAACUCAGACGUUACAAGCGUCAGAGCAACGUGUGGUGCAUAGUUUAAUGUUUUAUUUUUGGAUCUAAUACAUAAUUUGCCUAUUAAAGGUAGGUACCAUUGAACGCUUUUUGAGAUCCCUUCUUUGCGUGUGUUUAUUGGAAUUGGAAUUGUUGUAAUAUACGGAAUUGUUGAUAUUAUGGACUUACAAGGAAAAUUUCACUUAUCAGUGGAACAUGGAAAGCAGAUGCUAGAAUCGUCAUUUCUUAUUUUGAGAUUAUGAAACUUGAUAUUCUGUAAAGACUUACCAGUUUUAUCGUGUAAAAUUUGACAAUGUCUUGUUGAAACCAGUAAAAAUUGGAUAAGGCUAAUUUAUACGACAUCAACCACAUCAUGAUGACGUACCUUUGCUUAUGAGAAUUCUUUUUGUGAUUUCAGCCCAUUACAUUGAAAUCAUAAGUUAUAGAAAAUAUUUAUGUAAUAGAUUUCUGCCUAUGAGUCAUAACCUAUGGCCUGAUAUUACCUAAGAACAGUCAAUGUUAGGUAAUAAUAGUUUUAUUGAAAUGCGAAGUGACUUGAACGUAGUGAUAUUUUAAAGGAAUUGUCAUAUAUUUUUUUCGAGAAGUUAUUUGAUUGUUGUAAUUGAAAAUUUAUCGUACUUCUAUUUGGUUCAAAUAUGAAGUUACUGUAUCACAUGGUUACGUUUUGUGUGAGCACUAAAACAUAUAACAUAAAUGUUGAAUGAAUCGUGUAAAUAUUAGUUACAUUAAUAAUGUUGAUAUUAUAGUUUGUUCGCUUGUACGGUAAUAUGCGCGUGCCGAAGACGCGACUUGUUUUGCCACUGGCGGAGUGCUUUUGUUUGCGUGGGGCGGUAGGCGUGUUAAAACAGGCUUCUUUCAUGCGCAUGCGCAUUCUGGUGACGAGCGCGACACGAACGAACGAAACUAGGUUAUACACUUGUCAAAUUAAUAGCUUUUAUAUCCCGAAAUGUUAACGAAUACUUUAUUUCUUUUUUUUACGCACGUUAUGUAAGUUUAGUCUGCGACACUGUGCUUUAGAAGCAGCUUCUGUAACCGCAUUAGACUGUUAGAAUUUAAAUGUUAUGGUAAAGUGGAAUUAUAAUUUUUUACAAACAUUUAGUAGCCAGGCGAGCAUUUCCCAUGAAAAUUAUUUUGGUAGGUAUGUUUUUUAUGAUUUACUUGAAUUUAUUUUUUUAUUAACAAGUUAAGCAUUUCUCAAUGAUAAAUACAUGAGCGAUUUACUUGCAAUAAACCCCAGUUAUAAUAAAAUCUGUUGCUAGAUAUUGAAAUGGAAUUGAAUGUCAUAUCACAGUACAAUUUGCUCAGCAAAAGAUAGAGAGAGAAAAAAGACAUUUUAUAGCAACAAGAAAAAGUUUGUGCGAGAAAGGGACCUAAUUAAAACAAUAUUAUGUACCUAUGAAUUUAAACACUUUUUCUACUACAUGCACUGUUUUACACGUUUAACGUCAAUAGAUAGAUUUGUAGUUAAUGCAAUCGUUCAGGAAUUGAAUUUAAGAAUAUUUAAAUGAUAUUUACACAACUGCACUAGUUCAGGGGUUUCACGUCGGCACUUGUUGUUUCUUAUGUAAAAAAAAAUCUUACUAAAUGUAUACCACUGCAACUGUUAUUCAGUUUCCCGGGAACUUACUAGUUAUAAGUACAGUGCAUGACGCGUUUUUGUUUGCAAACUAACGAAGAACAGUGCCAUAUUUUUUUUGUAGUAGACCUCCUAUAGUUGCUCAAAUGAUAAAUCAUCCGCAUGUUACUUAAUCAAAUAAGACUCGGAAGGGCUUCCUUGUUUCUCAUGAUCAAUUAUCUCUAAUGAAUUCGAAUAUACGUUAGAUUUGAGCGUAUAAUUAUAUCUCAAUUACUCAUGAUCAAUUAUAUGAAGUUAAGCAGCCUUAUGUAUCUGCAUUAUUUAGUCAUUGAGUAAAGAGCUUAAUAGUGUCGCCGUUGAUAAUAAAACCUUUAAAAUGUACAUAUUAUGAACCCUCGUGGAAUGCAAGCAUUUGAAGCAAUAAGAUGAUAUCCGUCUUGUUAUUAUUAUACUCUCUAAUAUCAUUGUGAUAGUAAAUUAUUGUGUUUGUAUUUGUCAACCUCACAAUAUUGGUGCCAAAUUGCUUAUUCAUCAACUACAGUUCAGUAUCUGCUGUUACAUUUUAAAUUGUACAACUGUCGUUCGGAUAAAUUCCUCUGCUUCAAUGGUUGUGUCAAUAACCAAUAUUAGAGAGCUUAAUCUAUGUAAAUGUACUACCUAUAGGUUAUAAUGUACAUAUUUAAUGUCAAAAACACCAUUUUUACUAGAAAUCUUGUAAAGUUAUGUACAAUAAGACAUUUAAGUUGUGAUUUUGAAGUACAAAACGUGUUGUGAGUUCAUUCCGUUUCACAACUUUAAACUUUUAUAUCCAAUGCACGGUUCACGGACUCGAUAUUAUAACAAAUAGUCUCACAUUUUGCUACUACACAUCUUGAAAUGUUUAAUAUACAUGUCAGUUAGGACAAACGUAGCACUUGAAUUUGUGUUUCAACAUUUACUUUACACAUAACGUUAGCUGAAGAAAGCUAAAUGCUUAUCGAGUUAAUAAAGUGUAGGGCCUUAUGCGAAUAAAAUGUCUGUCCGUGAAGUGAACACUUCUGGAGCCAUUCUCUUCUAGCCUGUUGGAAGAGAAAGGAACAGAUAAUCUUGUAAGUCAAAUAAUGUAUCAAUCCUAAAUUCAUGAAGACGUGAUCUUACAAAGAUCAUUCUAUAAUGAUAUUCUGUUGGAAUUAUAAAGACGUCUAUGGAUGCUUCUACAAGCCAAAGUUAUCCUGUAACGUCCUCAUGCGAACGUUUUGAAAAUCACAAAAGAUUGAUGUACGGACCGUGGCUUGUAGGUGCUUCUGGAUAAACUCUAUCAUGAUGUGAGGGGCAGAUGACCGGUUCGUAUACGCGAAGGCUCUGGAUAGCUGUGAUAUAGACGUGUUUACAACACCCGUGGUGCUAAAGGGAAGCAGGCCUCAGACGCAUUGUUUUAGUGGUUCUUGUUAUUAUCAUAUACAUAAUGCUGUUUAUUAUUGCUCUACAACACUGUUUACAUUCCUACAAUGAAAGCUAUGUUGAUUUUGUUUAUGUUAGUUUUAUAUUGACUCAGGUUCAGCUCUGUGGCUUGCCCAGUUGUCGCUUUUAAUAUGUUUAGAUGUAAGUUCAAACAAUCUCUUUUCAUCCAUGUACUGACAUACGAAUUUCAAAACUACGUACUUAAGUGUUUUGCAAUCAUCAUAGCUUUAUGCUUAUUUUUGAGAUGCAUUUUUAAAUUAUAUUUUUAUUAGGGCAGCUAUUGCAUUGUUCGUGUUAUUUCAUUCCAUAUUGUAUCAUACGUGACUUCUAAUUGUGUUGCAAGUGUUCGAAAAUGGUUAAUUGCCAAAGAAACAAAAAUCAGACUUAACAAAAUGUUUUCAGUUUAUUUGAAGUUAUUUUAGUCUACGUUAUUCUUUGCGCGAUUUUCAUUAAUAAAUUAAUGUAUUAUUAAUAAUUAAAAUAUUGUUAUCUUCUAUUACUACUAUGCAUAAUUUUAAACCUGAUUUUAUGAUAUGACACUUCUAGGGAGUAUUUUUAUUCCGCGUUAACGUUAUAAGCGGUUAUAAUACUAUGUAGAAAUACUCCCAAAUUGUCUUAUGGUAUACAUUAAAUAAUGGACAAUGUAAAAUCAUAAUUAUGUAAAUUAUUUAUUAUUAAAUUACAUCAUUUCUUAUAAUAUUUUUUUAUUUAUCAUGCUAAAAUUGUAAGUUCCUAACUAGCUAGCUCUUCAUGUAAAGACAAACAUCACGAGUAGCUGCGCGCUCAUGUAGUUCAUU